UCGCUUGUGUUUAGUAUUUUGGAAUCCUCUGAUUUUAGUGAAUGAAUUAAAUAGCUGAGUUUAACAAUACAAUUAAGUUAAAUCGGAUAAGUUCGUAGCAAUAAUUCAACAGUUAAUAAUUAGCUAGAAGGCAGAAUGCCUUCGAUCGACGUGUUGCCCCCUCCGGGGCAGCCCCAGGAAUCGCCCCCGGAGGAGCCGCCGGCGCCCUCGGCCCCCAUCAUCGGCAUCAUUUAUCCACCUCCAGAAGUCAGGAACAUUGUUGACAAGACUGCUAGCUUCGUAGCAAGGAAUGGACCGGAGUUUGAGGCUCGAAUCAGACAGAAUGAAUUGGGAAACCCUAAAUUCAACUUCUUGAACUCGGGAGAUCCGUACCAUGCAUACUACCAGCACAAGGUUAAGGAAAUCAGAGAGGGGAGAGACAGUGGCGUGGUGGUCCCGGCGGCGGCGCCGGCGCGCGGCGUGGCCCCGGCGACCGCGGCGCGCCAGCAGGAGCUGCUGAAGGCCGCCGUGGCCGUGGAGCCGCCGCCGCCGCGCGACCCGCCCCCGGACUUCGAGUUCAUCGCCGACCCGCCCUCCAUCUCCGCCCUCGAGCUCGACAUUGUCAAACUCACCGCACAGUUCGUCGCCAGAAACGGCCGGCAGUUCCUCACCGACCUCAUGAAGAAAGAGGAGAGGAACCAUCAAUUUGACUUUUUGAGGCCGCAGCACUCCCUGUUCCAGUACUUCACGCGGCUGCUCGAGCAGUACACGAAGGUGCUGCUGCCGCCCAAGGAGCUGGUGUCGCGGCUGGCGGCGGAGGCGCGCGGCGGCGUGCUGGACGCGGCGCGCGCGCGGGCGGCGUGGCACGCGCACCAGGCGCGGCGCCGCGCGCAGGACGAGGCGCGCGUGGAGAAGGAGCGCCUCGCGUACGCCUCCAUCGACUGGCACGACUUCGUGGUGGUGGAGACCGUGGACUACCCGGCGGGCGAGCCCGGCGACUACCCGCCGCCCACCACGCCGCUGGAGGUGGGCGCGCGCGUGCUGGCGCAGGAGCGCGGCGACGACUUCCUGCCGAGCAACAACGACGACGACGACACCGAGAUGCAGAUCGAGUCCGACAGCUCCUCCGAGUCGGACGAGGAGCUGGCCACCAUGGAGGACCGCACGGCCGUGCGCGACCAGCCCGACACGCGCGUGCAGGACAUGGAGGAGGAGUCCUCCAGCGAGGACGAGGCGCCGCCGCCGCGCGAGCCCGCGCCGCUGCCGCCGCGCCCCGACCGCGUGCUCGUCAAGAAGUACGACCCCAAGCGGCAGCGCCCGGCGCCCGCGCCCGCCAGCGACGAGUGGCUCGUGUCGCCCAUCACCGGGGAGAAGAUCCCCGCGAGCAAGGUGGCGGACCACGUGCGCAUCGGCCUGCUGGACCCGCGCUGGCUGGAGCAGCGCGACCGCGCCGCCGCCGAGCGCACGGACCGCGAUGAGGCGCUGGCGCCCGGCGCCGCCAUCGAGGCCAGCCUCAAGCAGCUCGCCGAGCGCCGUACCGACAUCUUCGGAGUCGGCGACGAGGAGACAGCCAUCGGAAAGAAGAUCGGCGAGGAGGAGCGGCGGCGCGACGACCGCGUCACGUGGGACGGACACACGUCCAGCGUGGAGGCGGCCACGCGGGCGGCGCGCGCGCACGUCACGCUCGAGGACCAGAUCCAGCAGAUACACAAGAUCAAGGGGCUGCUGCCGGACGAGGAGAAGGAGAAGAUCGGGCCGAAGCCGGUGGCGGGCGCGGGGCCGGGCCCGUCGGGGGUGCGGGGCGGGGGGCCGCGCGCGCCGCCGCCGGCCCCGCCGCGCCCCGCGCCGCCCGUGCUGCUGCAGCCCAUCCCGCCGCUGAUGGUGAUCCCGCCGAUGGCGCCGCGGCCGCCGCUGAUCGCGACGCCGGUUGCGCCCGCGUACAGCUUCAGCGCGGUGGCGCCGCCGGGCACGCUGGAGGAGGACGAGCCGCCGGGCAAGCGCGCGCGCACGGAGGACGGGCUGGAGGCGGAGGGCGCGUGGCUGGCGCGGCACGCGGGCCCGGCUCGCCUGGCGGUGGCGCUGCCGGCGUGCCCGGAGCGCGCGGACUGGCGGCUGGACGGCCGCGCGCUGCCGCUCACCGUGCCGCUGUCCGCCACCGUCGCCGAGCUCAAGAACAUGCUGCACCGCGCCACCAACAUGCCGCCCGCCAAGCAGAAGCUGCACUACGAGGGCUUGUUCUUCAAGGACACGAACACGCUGGCCUACUACAACGUGCCGCCCGGCGCCGUUAUACAGCUGCAGAUCAAGGAGCGAGGAGGGCGGAAGAAGUAACACUAGGGAGAUUAAGGCAGUGGUUUAGUUUGAUGUCUAUGCGAGUUUUAAUUUCAAAGAAUACCUAUACAAUACAUUUAUUUAAGGAAA